AUGCAAGCAACGCAAUCAGGAAAGUUGGGAAACAACCUCGAGACGGUGCUCAUCACAAGUAGCACUAACUACCCGGCCUCUCAUUGGCUCCCCACCCAUCCCCCGGCAGUUGGAGGUGAGCUUCAAUACCCGAGGGUCUACUUACUGGCCCAGCUGCACCACCAGUGCAGCCAGGCGGUCGUCGUCAUAGUACGUUUCCAGGCGCUACUUGCGUGCCUCCUUGUCCGCCUUAACCUGUUUCAGGGUCUCCUGGAAAUGCGGAUACGACGAGAAUUUGUCCUGAAAUCAAUCAGCCCUAUACUGCGUAUACAAAUUUCCAACAUGGACUUACCGGCAGCGCAUUCCACGCCCUGGGAUCAGUUCCGUGAUCUUAGAAUGUGCCGCAGCCACUCCGGCCAUACUCAGUAA